AUGGCUUCUAAAGCCUCCAAUCGCAGAAAAAGAGCUCCAUUUCCAUCAAAUCCAAUGGAAGAUUCGAACUUGACUGAAAUCCUGCCACCUGAACUCAUCACUGAAAUCCUUUUGAGGGUUCCCGUGAAAUCCCUCUUGAAAUUCAGGUCUGUAUCGAAAUUUUGGCUUGCUUUAAUCUCUAGCCGUGAAUUUAUCAAGAACCAUCUCAGUUUAUCAGCUAGUAACCACCAUGUGCUUAUUUCUAUUCAGAAUAGAGAUUGUAAGUGGAAUUUCAAAGAAUGUCUUUUUAGGUCUUUAUUUAAUGACUCUGUUACUGAGGCUUUUGACUUGAAGUAUCCCAUUGAAGACAACAGUAAACUUAUCGAUAUUUUGGGUUCUUGCAAUGGAUUGAUUUUGCUUAUGGGUUAUAUAGGAUAUUUGCUUUUAUGGAAUCCAACAACUAGAAUGCAUAAGAAAUUGCCUAAUCCUAGACCUAGAUGGAAGAACUACUAUGACGAUUAUGGUUUUGGAUAUGAUGAGCUUCGUGACGAUUAUAAGGUAGUGGGUAUUUUUUAUAUAGCAGGCCGUUCACAUGGGAGUGAGGUCAAAAUAUAUAGUCUAAACAGUGAUUCUUGGACUAAUAUUGAUUAUUGUGAUGAGGAGAUAUUAAAUACUGCAGACUCUGGUAGAACAAUGAGAUUAAGAGAUUCUGGUUUUUUUGUUAAUGGGAAGCUGCAUUGGGAUACGAUUACUUUUAGUCCUAAUUUCGAUGAUGUGCGUAAGUGCAGGAGAAUUAUUUGUUUUGAUUUAGCUAAUGAGAAAUGGGAAAAGGUGGAGAAGCCCUCGUAUGGAGUAGGAGAGACUGAUAUGUGUAUGGGAAUGUUGGGAAGUGAUUUUUGUGUCUUUAGGGAUUACAACAAAACUCAGUUAGGUGUUUGGGUUAUGAAUGGAUACGGGGUGAAAUGCUGGUGGCGUUAA